AUGACAAUGUUCCCGCAUACUGACGAUAAUACAUUUCUCGGUUUCGUUGUUGAAAUGCAUCCAGUGAACGAGAAUGUCAGCCGACGUAAUGCUACACUGGUUUAUGGCAAGGCCGCGUACAUGUGGAACGGUUCGAGGCCUCUGAUUGAAACAGUUCAAAAAUUCACAGAAAUACAUGCGACAGUUGGGGAUACAUGCAAAAACUGUUAUCUUUCCGAUUUUGAUAAACUUCUCAUAAAAAAUCAUGGGAUUUUACCAACCGCACGGCUUCAUUCAUUGAUGAGAAGAGUAAAAAUUUUCUUGGGACUCGGCUUUCCGCUGGAGGGCCCGGCACCACUGGAAGCGAUCGCAAGCGGUGCUGUUUUCAUCAAUCCAUCGUUCCGUCCAGCAAAAUCACGCAAAACAUACGAUUUUUUUCGAGAAAAACCAACUUUACGCGAGUUGACAAGCCAGAAUCCAUACGCGGAAACUUUUAUUGGCAGGCCACAUGUGAUAACCGUUGAUAUUGCAAAUUUGUCGCUUGUCGAGGAAGCUAUUCAGGAGGCUCUUCACUCCAAAGUAUUUCUUUAACA